AUGUCAUUAAAUUCAACCCAGAAAUAUCUUUGCUACCAAGCUGCACCCCAACCAGUUAAUACAACACCUUAUUGCCCAUCCUGCUGUAAAUCAUAUGGAAUUAUUUUUGUAAGACGUGCGCAAUGUAAAUGUUGUCAGCGAUAUUUUUGUUCUAAUUGUAUUGAUAACCGAACUAGAUAUUGUUGGAUAUGUGAGAAACAUCUCAAUUCACAAAAAGGAUGUAUUGGAGUAUUAGGGACAUAUUUUAAUGAUGGGAAUGAUCAAGCAAAAAUAAGAGCGUUUAAUGAAUUUUUAAUGUAUUGGAGUGACUCACUAUAUACAAUAGAAGAUUUAAUUAAAGGAGGAAUGAUACCAGCAUUAAUGAACAUUUUAAAAUUUAAAGAAUUCCAUUUAACAUUAUUAGAAAUAAUAAUAUUUGCAAUUAAAAAAGAUAUUCAUGUAAGAAAUAUGAUUGAUGGAAAUGCAUUUAAUGAAUUAGCAAAAUUUACAGAGUAUCAUAGAAAAAUUAUGUUUUUAUUAGGAAGUAUUGUAGUAUCAUGUAUGAAAGGAAGUAAAGAAGGAGAGUAUCAAACUAUUGGAGAAAUUAUAGAAGUAUUUGAAAAAGCACAUGAAUUUGUUGAAAAUGAGAAUUAUCAAUUAAAAGAAUUUAGAAAAGAAUUUACAGAAAGUAAAGAAAAUAAAGAAGGAGAAUUUAUUGAAAGAAUAUUAACACAAUUUGCAAGUGAAGAAAUGUUAAAAUUAUUAAAUACAUUAUAUUGUGAGUCAGUAGAAGAAAAAAGAAUAGUAGAAGUAAUGUAUAGAUUUUUUGCAUGUAGUAUUGAAAGUACAAAAUGUAAAAUAAGUGAUAGUGUGUGGAAAGAAACUAUACAAAUAAUUGAUUCACAUAAUGCACAAUCAAUUAUAAUAAUAUUAAUUGCAUAUUCAAAAACAAAUAAAACAAUUGCACCAUAUUUAAAUGGUGGAUUAUUACCUAAAUUAGAAAUGUUAUUAGAUAGACAAAAUAAAGAAAAUACUAAUGCAAUUAUUGAAAUAAUUUUAAUAUUUAAAUCAUUUCCAACAUUAUUCUCUCAACUAAGUAUGAAUGAUGAUUUUUUAGAAAUUGUUUUUAAAACAAUUAAACAAGAAGAUGAUAGUAAUUUUACUGCUACAAUUAUUCUUAAAGAUAUUAUUGAAUCAGGAGAUUCUUCUAAAUAUCAUUUAUCAGAAAUGUUAAUUGAAAAUCAUCCAGAUUUAAUAGAACUUCUUAUUUCUAAUACUGUUAAACAAAAAAAAAUUAUUGGAUUAAAAUUAUGUAAAGUAUUAUUAAAUACAUUUGGAGAUGAAGCAAGUAUUGUUUUAUUAAGUAGAGGAAUUAUUGAUGGAAUUAUUUCUUUAUCUAGAAUAGAUGAUAAACUAAUGGUAAAAUGUUAUAAAAUACUUAGAAUUGCAGCUCAAUAUCAUAGAGAAAUUGUUAGUCAUUAUAUUGAAACAUCAUUUAUAUGUACUUUAUUUGUUAAUUUAAAAACAAAUCCAUUACAAUCAAUUAUUGCUAUUAAUGAAUUUAUUCAAUAUGAAAAUGUUCAAGAUGAAAUUAUUCAUUCACCAGAAAAUAUUAAUAUUGUUUUAAAUUUAUUAAAACAAAAUGAUAUUAAAAUUCUUCAUGAAACUUUAAUUCUUUUAAACAUUCUUUUUAAAAAUCCUAUUAUCUUUUCUUCUAUUUCUAUUCCCCUUUUACCUCUUCUCCUUCCUCUCUUUAAAAUUCUUCCAAUUCAAUCAUUUGCUAUUUUAUUACAAGUUAUUUCUACGAUUAUUCCUCAUAUUACUAUUUCUGAAAAAGAUGCUUUAACUUUUGUUAGUUCUUCUAUUUUAUUCAUUAAUCAACAAACUUAUGAACCAUUACUUCAAAAUGUUUAUACAACAUUUUCUAUUGCAGUUAAAGCUCCUCCUAUUAGAAAUAUUUUAAUUUAUGGUAGUUCAAAUGAUAUAGAAUCAAAUGGAUAUUUUUCAUUUUUAGUAUGUUCAGUUAAUAAAGAAACUUCAUUAACAUUAAAAGCUUCUCAAUUACAAUUUUUUACUCAAUUUAUUAUUAAAGGAGAUGAUCAUUCUACAAUGGCUUUAGAUAUUUUACAACCUUUAUUACUUCUUAUUUCUUCUUCUAAAAUGAUUAGUACUUGUAAUUCUUUUAUUUUAGAAUCAUUAAAUUAUUUAUGUGCUGUUCUUUCUUUAGAAAAUGUAGAAUCUACUAAUUUAAUUUAUAAAAGCAAUGUUCUUAAAAAUUAUUUUGAAAUGGCUUUUAAUUGGAAAGCAACUCAAGUUGAUUUAAUGAAUCAAUUAAUUGUUUUAAUUACUUCAUUUUAUAGUCAGGUCAAGUCAUUAAUUAUUGAAUAUUCUGAAAUAUCAAUUCUUCUUCCUAAAUUUUUAACAUUCUCUGCUCUUCCAAUUGAAUCAGUAAAUAAAUGUUUAUAUUUAUUUACUCAAUUUAAAUUAUUAAAUAUACCGAUUGUAUUAACUCCUUCUUGUAUUCAUUUGUUACUUCUUGCUUUAAAAGAUAAAAAUGUUAAUGAAGUAAAAGAUUAUCCUAAUUAUAUUUUAACUAUUCCUAAUGCCACUGAACAACUUCAAAAUGAAAUUGAUUUAUUACUUCAUUCACAUAUUCCUUCUUUACGUUCUCUUGGAUUUAAAAUUGCUCAAGGUUUGUGUAAUGAAAAAAUGGUUGAUGGUUUAAUGACAUUAACAUGGGAAUUUAUUACUUCUGAUGAUAUAAAUAAUAUUAUUAAAACUUUAUGUUAUUGGAGAAAUGAAAAAAUUAUUCAUCAACAUCAUUUACUUAUUUCAAUGAUUAGAUUUAUUAGUGAAAAUAAAGAUUUAAUAUAUGUAGAAACGGUUGGAUUAUUGUUUCAAUUUUUAACUAAUAUUCCUUAUACUAUUUACCAUUCUAUUAUUCUUAAAAAUCAUUUUAAAUCUAUUGACCAAUACACUUCUCAAUUUAUUAUUUCUCUUCCUCCUUCAUCUUUAAGAUUAGAUGCAGAAUGGUUAUUAAAUAAUAUUGCUUCUCAUCAAAUGGAUAAUUGGACUAUUUCGGUUGCAGUUCAUUUAUUAUCUGAUUCUUUUAUUGAAUCUUUCUUAAUUGAACAACCUCAAUUAGUUCUUCAAUUUGUUGAUUUAUUACCUAACUCUCUUCCUAUUUUACUUCAUUGCUCAUCACCAGCAUUACAACCAUUACUUUUACUUACUGUUGAUUUUCAUGAAUUAAUUCAACAUCAAAGCUCUGCAUUACGUCUUCUUGUUCCAUCAACUUGGUAUUCAAAAGAUUUUAUAAAUGAUGCUUUAAUAAUUUUAAAAAACACACGAAGUAAUGAUGAUAUUAAUAAUGUUCUUUAUUUUAUUAAUUCUAUUAUUGGUCAAAAAGAAUUAAUUCAACAUGACAGAGAAUUAUUAAUGAAAAUAACAAAAGAAUUUAUUGAUAUUCUUGAAGGAUUAAAUGAACAAAUAAAAAAUAUUCAAUUAAUAGGUAAUGUUAUUAUUAAACUAGUUACUGAAUUAAAAGAAAUAAGAAAUCAAUAUCAAAUGGAUAUAUUAUUUGAAGAAGCGGUAAAUAAAAAUAAUUAUGCGUUAUUAGAAAUUGUUAUUCAAUUAAUAAAAAUGGGAAUGAAUUUUACAAUUACUUCUCAUAUUAAAUUAAUUCAAGAAAAAUUAAUAGAAAUACCUCAGCUAAUUGAAAUUGUUACAAUGUACUUUAUUCAAAUCAGAAAAUUAAUUCCUUCUGAUUGUAUUAUAAAAACAAUUCAAUUAUGUGCAAAAAAUAAAAUAAUGAAAAAUCAAAUUAUCAUGUUGUUAUUAAAUUGUGUUCAUUGUAAUGAAUGGAGAACUUUCAUUACCCAAAUGAUUCAAUCUAAUAUUUUUGUUGGUUUUAUAGAUGAAACUCCGUUAUAUACCACUAUUCAAUCAAUGUUGUGA